GCAGCCCCACGACUGGCCACACUGUUUACUCCGCUGCCGCGAAACGACUCGGUCCACGUGAACAUAUUUUGGGCAAUGUGUGGUUCCCGACUCAUGAGAUAAAGUGAUUGUGGAUGCAUUGUCGCGAAGUGACGUUGCCCCACCUUGAAUAGUGGGUGUUCCUUGAGUGGCGGAGACGCAAAGGGUUGUCGCUAGUUGUCGGCCGACCCAGGCCUGUGCUUGUGAGGCUGCUGCGGACGCGGCGCUGAACAUGUGAGGUUAAAGCAGACGGACAAACAGACGGCGGCAACAGAUAUUAACAAAUACUUAUUACCGAGUGAUUCUGAGCUGCGAGCAGUGGCGACUUUAGAAGUAUUCACUAAAGAAUUUUUAAGCAGCUAUGGAUUCCCGAAUGCUAAACGUUUUCCAAGAAGAUCCCUUUGAGGGAAACUACGCCAAAUACGAAUCCGAACCGAAUUUCUGGUCAUCUAAUGAUGAUUUACAACUGACAGAUACACUUAGCGGUAUUCUUCCCAUAGCACCCACAGAUGAGUCCCUGCUUGGCACAAGUAGGGAGGAGGAUCUGCAAAACAGAAAGAAUCUGCUGAUCUACAGUGACUUCGUGGAAAAAGAGUUUAACGACCAAGAUGCAAACGUUCUUAAUGCACAGGUCUAUCAGGCCAUCACCGACAGCGACGUCGAGGUGGCCUACGAGCAGCAGCGUCAGAUUACCGCUAUUGUGGAGUAUGACAGAGAAGACGUUGGAAUUGACUGUCUUACUGAAGAGGAGGACAUAAAAAGCCAGUGCAGUGCCUCCACAUUUCGGACCCGCACGGACAGCUCUUCGAUUGGAGACUAUGAGUCGCAUUCCAGCGACUACGAAGACGAAUAUGAUGAUGAUAUUGUCAACGAAGAACAAGACCAAAGUUUUCUUGGUGUCCACGGAAAAGUGGUCAGCACGCAGAGCGCUAGUGAGCGCAAGGGACGAACGCUGAGUACUAACACAGUUGUCUCAGAUGUAGAUGCUCUUGGCCUAAAUAUCGACGUUAAUGACUUUGACUUGGCUGACUUUAUUACCAAAGAUGAUUUUGCCGAAAAUCUAAAUGCGUGUCGCUUAAAAGAGUCUCAACAAGCACAGAAAGCACCUAAAUCCAAUGCUGAGGCAGUAGUAACCCCGGAUUCAUAUCCAUCCGUGUCAACAAAAAUGACAAAACCAAAAGUUCAUUCCGCCAAGGCACGGGAUUCUGAUUAUGACUCGGACUCAAUUAUCGACGUUGAAACAGUUGAUGUGAUCGAUGUGGAUGAGUCUGUUUGGGCAACAGGUCAGUCAGAGAAAUCUGCCUCAAGUUUUAAAGAUUUGCGCUAUGUGGAGAACAUAAGUGCCGACCGUUCCUGGUGUCCCAAGACUACAGAGAAGGCCUUGCCUUCUGUUAAGGAGGAUAAACCCCUUCAACCGGAAACCUAUCCACUCGCAGCACCAACUUUAACCAAGCCGAGGCCUGCUAAUAUUUGCUUGGUGCCCAAUAAGAAGCAAUGUGACUUUCUAAAGCGAAAAGUUGGAGGAUCCUUCUUGACCAAGCCACCCAAGAUAGCACCCAAAAAAGUAAACGACGGUACAAAAUUGUUAAGCAACAAGCAGCCGCCAGCAAGACAAAAUCUUUGUACAGGUUUAGGUUUGGGUGGAAAAAACCUUUCGCUUCUUAAGCAGGAAAGUGCACCAGAAAAAUCUUUGGCACCACCAACAGCCUCCGCCAUAACAUCGACUGUGACGCCGACGCCAGCCCCAAAGCGAAAGCUAAAUCUGGAAGAGUAUAAACAGCGUCGAUGUGGCGGCCUAGGCCAUGUAAAAAGUAAACCGACUCCAGCAAAACAGUCGAAACUAGAAGUUGCCAGCAAAUUCUCCACUCCUUCCCCUGUAUUAAAGCCUACACCAUCACCUCAGAAGGAAGCAAUAGUUAACAUCGUAAAGAGCCUGAAGUGCCCCAGUAAAGAACAAACUUCUUUGCCUAUGGAUCCAAUUACGGUAGCUAAGAACAAGGUGUUGCGCAUGCUAGAAAUGAAGCGGGCUCAACAGUUGAAAAUAAUCGAUUCUCGCAUAUCAGCCAAGGUGCCACGCGUAACUAAGUUGCCGCCACUUAAGGAUAUUGUCAAGGACACCUAUUGUAUGGAAACUGAAAGUCCCGAUCCAUUGAUUAAGCCACCCAGCAACAAACUUCAUCCGGACUAUGAGGAGAUUAUAAUAGUUUCAGUUAGUUGCAAUACGGACAUAACAAUACCGCCUAAUCAAUUAAGCAAGGCCUCCCCUCGUUCUCUUUUGAAGUCAUCAGUUUUGCUGUACAACAUAUCGAACGGCCAAGAUGCUACCAAGAACAUAAGCAACUCUCUAAUAGCCAGCAUACAAAGUGAAGUUGUUAGACAAACCAGUAGCACUACACUUGCGACGAUACCGAUCACUGCCCCACAAGCUAAGUGUUUAACUGACAAAAAUGUCCAGCAUGGCGAAGACAUGGUCAUUAUGCACUUGCCCAAAGAUCGGGUGCGCAAAACAGUUGUCAGCAUGUCCACCCAAACUGAUCUGCAACCGGAAUUCCCACUCUUGACGCUUCCUCCCGCAAGAAUAUCUCGAGACCGUAUGCGACGGAAUUACCGGAAGCGGCGACAUCAUGUCUCGGGUUCAAAUAUGUUUAAUUCAUCGAGUGGCUCAUCCUCGGACUGUAGCAGUUCGGUGUCGUAUAGAUCUCGAUCUCGAUCCGACUCAAUUGAGCAGCUGCGUAACUUAGAUGCAGCAGCAACACUUCUGGGAGGCAGUACUGGGAACGGCGGUUAUUCUUCUCGCAGCACACACCGCCAUCGGAGCUCAGUGAGCUCCUCGUCCCACUCAGAGGCUGGCAGGUACGACCGCAGACAACGACGCACUAGUUACAACAAACGACGUUCCAAAAACCAAAAGCGGGCUAGCGAGUCCUCGUCCUGCUCCGGCUCCGAGAAAAGCGAUCGCGAACGUAGCCGCAGUCCGCUCAACAAACUACGCCGCUCGCGUUCCCGCUCUCGUUCAAGGUCCAGCUCACACCACCCAAACAAUAACUGCCCCAGUAACAACAAUCGACGCGGAUUCAUCGAUCGUAACGUUUCACAACCGGCCGUAGAGGAACGGCGUAUCGUCUACGUCGGCCGCAUUGAGCAGGAGACUACAAAGGAGCUAUUGCGUCGAAAAUUUUUGCCAUAUGGAAGCAUUAAACAGAUAACCAUACACUACAAAGAAAAUGGAAUGAAGUACGGGUUUGUUACUUUCGAGCGAGCGCAGGACGCAUUCACGGCCAUCGACACGAGCCCCAGAGACCCACAAAUUAACAUGUAUGAUAUAAGCUUUGGAGGAAGACGUGCUUUCUGCCGUGCAUCCUACGCUGACUUGGAUAAUGCUGGUAUUAAUAAUUACCACUCGUAUGUGUUUCCCAAGGAGGCGCCAGCACCGAAAGUACAGGAAGACUCUUUCGAAGCUUUGCUCCUUAAGGUAAAGGCAAAGCUAAAUGCUGGUAAGCCAGCAGUAGCUAAACCUCUUGUUGAUGCACAACCACCAGCUCCAGCUUCUUUAUCCCAGGAAAGCAAUCAGAUGUGACAUUUUGGCAGAAUGCUGCUUAAUUUCCUAAUUUUAAUAUUAAUUUUUUUGAGAAUAUGAAGUACGUUACAAGCAUUCUUCUACUACUAUUCUUGCAUAAUUGUAAACCAAUCCCCGAAGUUUCUAGCUGUAUAACUGAAAAGCCUGAUUAUAAUUCAUAAUUUAUCGUAACAUAGUUGACAGAGCUAUGCAAGCAAUACAACUAUUGCAAUAUAAAUUAGGGUAAUUGUAUUGACCGAACAUGAAAACUUGAAACAAUACAACAAGAAAUUGAAACGUAAAUGGAAUUGUGAUAACCGCAUAUUGCAUACAAAGUCAUUUAUUGCAUGUAAGUUAGCAGAAGAUCCAUAGAAAUAGUAAAUACACUAUAAUAGCUUUGUAACAAUGUAGCGAACCACAACAUCAAUUGAACUGAAAAACAACCAGCCACCCCCACAACCAUACAAAAUUAAAUGUGUUGAAAAUAUCAAAUAUGUAUAAAACUUAUGUAUUUUGAGAGAGCAAGGAACGCGCAUGCAGCAUGCGUCUGCCAAGAAUUAAACUGUUGAUAACUAAACUUUGAUAUUAGUUUUUAAAGAACAUAUUUUUACGUAAUUUUACUUUACUCAAUAAUUUUCGAAAAACAAACGCACUAGCCACAAAAGCUACACCUAGGCUAUUUUGAAAUCUUCAGCGAGAAAAUUGCAGUAAGACUUGUUUCAAUUUUCGAACUUUUAUUAAAUUAAUUUUAGCAAUGCUAAGCUUAAGCUCUGAAUUUGAAUGUAGCCUUAAUUGUAUUCUAUUAGGAUUUCUCCGACAGGGAAUGAGUUUGAUAGAGAAUUACAUUUUUGAUAUGAUUUGCUAAUUUAGAAACCAGCACCCAACUUUUGUUCAUAAGUAGCAGAAACGAAUUGUUCUUUUAUAUCUUUUAUACUACUUUCCUUUUGAUAAUUUAAUAAAACUUUUCUAAUUUCAAACAAUUGAA